CCUUCUCUCCGUCCACAUAUAUUCCCCUUUCUCUCCUCUCUAAUCUUACUCGAACAACAGCAAGCACCGAGAUAAAUCCAACAGAAGCAAGCAAGGCUGAGACGAAGGAAGAUGGGCGACGUGACACCGGAGAUGGAGAGGGUCUUCAAGCGCUUCGGCGCCGAGGAGGACGACGGGAAGAUCUCCUCGGCGGAGCUGGGAGAGGCCCUGCGCGUCCUCGGCUCCACCGCCCCCGACGAGAUCCGGCGCAUGAUGGCCGAGCUCGACACCGACGGCGACGGAUACAUCGACUUCCAGGAGUUCUCGGCCUUCUGCCGUGCCAACCCUGGUCUCAUGCAGGACGUGGCCGAGGUCUUUUAAGCCCGUGCACGCACGUCGUGCCUUCUUCUUCCUGCUUACUAUUUAAGGCGCCAAUGGCUUCCUGGUUUUAGGUGAUCGUUUGAUAUAGCGAAGAAGAUGUCGUGGUUCAUUUAUUUAGCUAUUCAUUUGUUUUUUGGCCUUUUAUCAUUAAAUAAUCUAAAUAACAUUUUUUUAGCACAA